UUCACCUCCAAGUGCAACGCAGCUUGCUGGUAAAGAUGACUCUUCCGCUUCUUUCCUCGUCGCCAUUACGGGCAUUUCCAUCGGUUGUGCGAUUGGCUUGCCGCUCCAACUCAACCACGUCUAAAAGUGUCGCAAACGAGCUCGAGAAUCUCAUACGCCCGGCUAGACCAGCCCCUGCAGCGCAGAGAUUGCCGCUCCGCCGCCAGACAAACCGCCAGCGAGCCAUUGAAGAGGAGAGGACGCUUAGGGAAAACCGACUCAUGGAAAAAUUUCAGACGCGCGAAUGGAAGGCUGGUGAUAUAUAUGCCCCUCAUGAUCUCAGCCCUGCCGAGAUGAAGAAAUGGAACAAGCGCAACCCUCCAACUUCAGACGUCUUUGAUGCCGUCAAUCUGAACCCUCUGGAUGUCUAUAAGAACUUUUCCAUUAUGUCCGAAUAUAUGACCGAUAUGGGACGUAUCAAACACAGAAAAGUGACCGGCCUACGGGGCGUGAACCAGCGGAAGCUUGCGAAGGCAAUCCGAAGAGCUAUUGGUGUUGGCUUAAUGCCGAGUGUUCACCGUCAUCCAGAGAUUCUCGCGGAGAUAAAGUUCAGGACUGAUGGCGGAUUCUGAGAGAAGUGCAUGAUGCUCCUCUACUUGAAGCAGACCGAGCUUUCUCAUGAAACGAUGUUCUAUUCCCUUUUGUUAUCAAGAUGAAUGCUGGCAUUACAGAGCAAUGUACUAUAUCAAUC